GAGCGAAUAAAAGAGUAACUGAGUCUCUUAUUGAAACAAGCGAGUGUAGCUGCAAGAUAUUUUGUUGGGGCAAAAGAACUCAUCUGGACGAUGUUUACUGCUUUAUUCAUGCUGUCUGCUUUGAACGCAACACAGCAUUGCCAUAUGCAGCUUGGACUCUUGGACAAAACUAUCGUGGCAGAAAUUUUGGAACGAUACAGGAAUCCUGGAACAGACAAAGUUCUUUUUCCAAGAGCACAGCGCCAAGCUCACCAACGACUACGCGGCAAGCUAGAAAUUUCUACUAUUCACAAGAACUUGAUGUGAUUAGUUAGUGUGGAAUAUAGUUUUGUUCAACAGAACAGAUUUUCUGCCCAAGUACUGACGAUGUUUAGAGGCGGCGCUUCUGCUUGCUUUGGCAGGCCUCUCAA